UCCACUUCUUUAUCCAUUCAAAUUACAGACGUUUGGAAUAUCUCAAACCGUGCCUCCUUCCAAGCUCCGAUCAUGGUGGGCUUCAACUUCAUGAAAAUCAAACAUUUCCUGUUUUUCCAAAUCACCCCGUCCUCUUUUAUCUCUUAAUGCUCUCCAACCUCUUCUCACUUGUAUUCCCUUUUACAAGUACUACAUCCUUCAACUUCACCAGUUUCAAUUCUCAUGAUCCAAACAUAUCAUAUGAGGGAUCAGCUGGCGUCAACGGUACUGGAGUUAUCCAACUCACUGGGAACCAGGUCCAAAAAUUUAGCAAGGGUCGCGCUACAUAUUCCAGUCCCAUGCACCUAUGGGACAACGCCUCAACAACCCUCGCAGAUUUCACUACCCAUUUUUCUUUUGUCAUCGCUGCCACUCCGCCAAAUAAAACUGCAUAUGCAGACGGGCUUGCGUUCUUCCUAGCACCUGUUGAUUCACAGAUUCCCGAUUCAAAUUAUAGUGGUGGGACCUUGGGUCUUACUUCCAUUGCUCUGGCACUAAACUCGACGAAAAAUGAUUUUGUCGCAGUGGAGUUUGAUAUCUUUAGAAAUGUUUGGGAUCCGCAGGGCGAACAUGUCGGUAUUGACAUCAAAUCCAUGGAAUCUGUUGCUAAUGCGUCGUGGUGGAGAAAUAUCUCGAUUAGUGAAGGGAUAAAAAAUGAAGCUUGGAUUAGUUAUAAUUCUACUUCUUAUAAUUUGAGUGUUGGUUAUACUGGUCUUGAAAACAAUGUCACUGUAUGGCAGUUCCUUUCUUUUAAUGUUGACUUGAGAAAACACCUACCCGAAAAAGUCACUUUUGGAUUCUCAGCCGCAACAGGAUCCUUUACUGCAGUGCAUACCAUAUGCUCGUGGGAUUUCAGUUCCAGUCUGGAAAUUGAUGAUACCAAAACUAACAAGAAGUUAGGAUUAGACGUGGGAUUGGGUGCUGGCGGAUUGUUUUUGGUUGCUGGGUUGGCGUUGGUUCUGUUGGUCUUGUGGAAGAGGAGUAGGAGGGAUAAAGAAGAUGAUCGUGCCUUUGCUGAGUACAUGGGCGGCGAAUUCCAAAAGGGAACAGGGUCAAAAAGUUUCUCAUUCAGGGAAUUAGCUCGUGCCACGAAUAAUUUUAGGGAUGACGAUAAGCUAGGCCAGGGAGGAUUUGGUAGUGUUUAUAAAGGAUUUUUAAGAGACUCAAACAUCUUCGUUGCUAUUAAGAGGGUAUCAAAAGGGUCUAUGCAAGGGAUGAAGGAGUAUGCAGCAGAAGUAAAAAUAAUCAGUCGAUUGAGACAUAGGAAUUUGAUGCAACUCAUUGGUUGGUGCCACGAAAGAAGAGAACUCCUACUUGUUUAUGAGUUCAUGCCGAAUGGAAGCUUAGAUUCUCAUCUUUUCAAAGAUGAAAGGUUGUUGAUCUGGGAAGCGAGGUAUAAAAUAGCUCAAGGCCUGGCAUCUUCCUUGCUUUACCUGCACGAGGGAUGGGAACAAUGUGUGGUGCAUAGGGACAUAAAAUCUAGCAACAUUAUGCUUGAUUCAAACUUCAAUGCUAAACUUGGAGAUUUUGGCCUAGCUAGGCUUGUGGACCAUGCCAAAGGGUCUCAAACUACUGUUUUGGCUGGAACUUUUGGCUACAUGGCUCCGGAAUGUGUCACUACCUAUAAGGCAAGCAAGGAAUCAGAUGUGUAUAGUUUUGGAAUUGUAACUUUGGAGAUAGCCACUGGAAGGAAACCAAUCAACCCCAAGGCCCCUGAAGAUCAAGUUGUCUUGGUAGAGUGGGUUUGUGUCACACGGCUGGGCAAGUUAAGAGCAGAAGGGAGGUCGGCGGCUUGAGGCAUGGCACACGAGGAACAGACAGAACUUAGGGCACACGAAGAACUGAAGACUAGAGUUCAGCUUAUGUCGUGGGCUGCUGGUGGAGAGGCCUGCUGGUGGGCCGAACCAAAUAAGAAAGAAGCUGGGCCGUAUGGGCCAUGAGCUGCAGAAGAGUUGAUCCUUUUAAGUAAACUGUAAGGGCCUUUAGCCCAGUUAGAUUAAGGACUUUUUAGUAAAAUGCAUAUUAUAGUACAUAAGGUCUCUGUAAGAGAUUUAACCUAUCAUCUGGAAUAUUCUACUGUUCAUCGCUACUGUGGAGGUCCUUUCCCUCGAAGAAAGUGUUGCUACUGCCGU